UGAUAGCCGGAAGUGCAUUUUGGGGCGUUUAAACAAUUGCAGCAACGAGAAAAAACAAUUUUUUGUUGCUAUCGGGUUGACUAAGCAUACAGUUUAUGUGCACGAAAAAUAUAAAUAAACAAAAUGGUGGGCAAGAACUCAUCGUGCACAGACGGUGGAUCAACAAAGGAGCGUCCUGUUUUUAUUCCGCCACGCAAACGUCAACAAAACAAAGCAGAGGCUAAAAAGCAGAACUAUGUGGACCAUAUUGUGAAUGUGCAGCCAAAUCGUGCUAAACUAUCACCCUCAAAUCCGGGCCUUGAAGAGGAGCUACUAAAAACGAAGUUGAUUAUAAAAAAUAAACAACCAUUACCACAAUUGCCAGGAGAGCUCGGCGGUACUCAGGACACUAUUGCCAGCACACACUCGGCCAGCUCAACGCAACACAGCAAUAAAUCUGUACGCUCAACUAACAAUAUAAAUGAGUUACAAAAUUUUGAAUCAAUUUCACAGUGCACCAAGUCAACUUCACAACGCCAUGAAAGCAGCACAGUUACGCCCAGCAGUGGCUGUUACUCUGAGAGUAGCCUGGAUGCAAAGCUAAGCAAGUCACAGGAUUGCCUGAGUCUUAGCAAUCGUUCAUCGUCAAAGAAGCGUGUCAAUAUACGAACUUCGGACUUGCCACAUGUGCGCAGCCAGCGUGCUUCGCCAGACAUAGCCAACUAUGAGGAUCUAGAGUCGGGAGAAACAAGCGUUCUAAAUACAUAUGAUCAGAGUCUGGAGCGUUAUCAGGCUCGUAAGGCGGCCGAUGGCAGCAACUAUUUAACUAUGACGGGCACUAUCAAGCGCGGUCGCAAAAAAGGUCAGUCCAUUGAUUUGCAAAUUAACAUAAGCCGUGAAGAACUGGAACAGCUAAAUGCACACGCCAUGGCCAAUGAUUCGCAAAAAGGACGUAAUAUCUUUUGCACCUGCGGCUGUGGAGUUGGACUACAUAUAUUUCUUAUAUCAUUGCUGUGCUUGCCAUUUGUUACAGUUAUAUCGGCCAUAUAUUCAUUUUAUAUAGGCACGCUCACCUGGUACAAUAUGUUUAACUACUACUGCGAAGAGAAGUCAUAUUUGCACAAGAUAUUUAUCACUCCUAUACUCUUUCUAGCAUAUCCCCUAGCCAUAGUGCUGUGCACCUUUGGAUUGGGCAUAUACUCUGGUUUUCGACAGCUUAGUCUGCGGUAUAGCAGUUGGGUGAAUGAUAUAACAGAUAUUGAAAAAGGAUUUUAUGGUUGGCUUUGCGGCUUCUUACACAUGUCCGAUUGUAGUCCCUACGAGGUUGUCAUACUUACAGACAUUUGUGUAGCCCCCCAGGAUCCGCAGCGCUUGCAUAUAAAUAAGCCAAGACAGGAGUUGUCCAUGUAAAAAUAUGACUGGAUACUUAGAGCCGUCGUAGCCAGAUGAUUAGCCAACUGCAGAUGCAAAUUAAUUAAAAUUAAACAUCUGCACUGCAGCAGCUUCAUAUCUUAAUCAACUGUGGCGGUUUCGUUUUCUUAAUAUAUUUGUGUGAUAAAAAGUAAAGAGUGACAUGAAAUAUGUAUCUUUGUAACGCACGUACAGUUAACCUUAACGGUUAAUGCAAUAAGUUUCCUUUGGCCAAAUUGUUCCUUUUAUAUGCAAGUUCAGCUUUAGACAUAUAUAUAAAUAUAUAUUGUACGCAUACAUAUACACACAAUAUCAGUAAUCCAAAGUCUAUAGAGUCUAGAUUUAAUAUGUAAGUCAAACGUACACAGAUUCUACUAAGUAGUAAUGCCAUAACUUCAUUAACGUUAUUUGAAAGUUAACUGCAUUUUUUUCCAACUUAAGCCAAAUCUUAAAAAAACAAAAACUAUAACUAUCAACAAAUAGCAAUCGCAUUCAAAUUGCAUUUACGGAUUAUGCAUUUAUAUUACAACAAUAACAAUAUAUAAGAGGAAAUGAAAAACCUACGCAAUAUACAUAUACGUGAUGGAAAGUUGUUUUUAUU